AUGGAGGCAGAUGGACGGCUGAUGAAACGUCGUCGCCACGACAUACACUCGUCGGCGUCGACCACAUCAGAAUCUAGGCGGGUAGAAUCGGUAGAAGACUUGGAAAAUUAUGUGACGGAAGAAGAUUGUGUUUUUGUGGCGAUAAAAACCGAACAUCAUACGAAGUUCGCUGAGAAAGGUUUCUUCAGGGCGCUCGCAAAGAAUCACAAAAAGAUACUCGCAACAACCCGUUGGGGGGAUUAUGAAAUUCCUGAUGACGCUCGUCGAUACGUGUUGCGCGGUUGGGACAGUCUAGAUUCCGAUUUGCAAGAUAUGAUAAAAGCGGAAGCAGUGGCUUACCAUAAUUUCACGUCGUUGAGGAAAUAUGCUGACAUGUCUAUUGAUGAGUGCUUGAGGUUAUUGGGUGACUCACAUGGUGUAAUGGUGAGCUUCGAGACGGUGGGUCACAUCGCUCACUUGAACCUCCCCGCCGAGCGUCUAUGGGCGAAGAAGAUUAUCGCAAAGAUUUUGUUAGACAAGCACAAGCACAUUAAAACCGUAGUGAAUAAAGUGAGGGAGGUGGACAACGAAUUUCGUACUAUGGAGCUUGAGCUUUUGGGUGGCGUGGAUGACCUGGUUGCGGUGCAGCAUGAAAACACGUAUAGAUUCAAGGUCGACUUCCGAAAUGUAUAUUGGAACUCUCGUUUGAUACAAGAGCGUGAGCGCAUCAGCGACACUUUUCAUAUGGGUGACGUUUUGGUGGACAUGUUUGCAGGUGUCGGCCCGUUUGCCAUGUAUGCGGCUGGGAAAGGGUGCUUGGUAUUCGCUAACGACCUUAACCCUGUUGGGGCUCGGUUCAUUGGUAUAAAUGCAGCUUUAAACAACUUUACCCACUUAGUGCACCCAUACAAUCUGGACGCGCGUGAUUUCGCGAAGACGGUUGUUGAAUAUGGCAUUCUGGACAGGGACGUAUCAUCGGUCAAGGAUCACACGUUGCAACCCGAAUCUAAAAUUCACUUUGUUAUGAAUUUGCCGAAGGACGCAAUCGAGUUUAUGGACGUUUUUCGAGGCAUAGCACGACACAUCCCAGCGGAGCGUCUGCGCACAUGCAUGGUGCAUUGUUAUUGCUUCAGUGACAGCGACAAUGUGGAGUUGGAUAUAAACCAACGAAUGGAAAACGUCCUUCGAUAUAAUGUGGAGCAUAAGAAGAUCACUAGGGUGAGAGAUGUGUCGCCGAAAAAGCAUAUGUAUUGUAUCGAGUUUAAUGCGCCUAACGAACUGCUGUGUUCGGAUCAGUGA